GAUUCUCCUCAGCGUUACAGCAGGGCGCACCACAGCUUCAGCAGCUGAUAGAGACUGUGAACUGACAGACGGGCUUUAUACGGACAGGGGCACUUCUCCGCUGGUCAUCAUGGACGAGGAAGGGAUAACUGACUAUGAAAAGGGCCAUAUUAAAAAACUUCAGGAGCAGCGCAUGCUUAUGCAAAAGAAAACAUUCACGAACUGGAUGAACAACAUCUACAGACAACAUAACAGUAUCCCAAUUACAGAUAUAUACAUAGAUCUAUGUGAUGGGUUGUACCUGCUACGCCUGCUGGAGUUCAUUUCUGGGGAGCAGCUGCCUAAACCAGCACGAGGAAAGAUGAGAGUCCAUUUUUUGGAAAACAACAGCAAAGCUCUGGCCUUCCUGAAGUCCAAGAUGCCUGUGAAACUAAUUGGGCCAGAGAACAUUGUGGAUGGUGAUCGCACGUUAAUUUUGGGCCUCAUUUGGAUUAUUAUCCUCCGCUUCCAGAUAGCGUCCAUCACUUUGGAUAAGGAUGAGUUUGGUGCGAGUGCAGCGAAGGCGUCUGCUAAAGAAGCUCUCCUUAUCUGGUGUCAAAUUAAAACAGCCCCCUACUCCAAUGUAGACGUACAGGACUUCUCCCGCAGCUGGCGGGACGGCCUCGCUUUCAAUGCUCUCAUCCACGCUCACAGGCCUGAUCUCAUUGACUACCACUCCCUGAAGCGAACCCAUGCCUUGUACAACUUGAAUAAUGCCUUCACUGUGGCAGACACAAAGCUGGGUAUCUCCAAACUCCUGGAUGCUGAAGACGUGGUGAUUCCACAGCCGGAUGAGAGGUCCAUCAUGACAUAUGUGUCUCUUUAUUACCAUUAUUUCUCCAAAAUGAAACAAGGCCAGACUGUACAGAAGAGGAUUGGGAAUAUUAUGUCUUUGGUUCUUGACAUUGAGGGUCUGACGGACCAAUAUGAGACCAUGAUAUCCGACCUGCUAAAAUGGAUUCAGCAGAAGGUGGUGGAGAUGAAUGAUCGCAAUUUCCCCAACUCCAUAAAUGGGAUGCUGCAGCUUUUGGCAAACUUCAAAACGUACCGAACGGUCGAGAAACCACCAAAAUACCAAGAGAGAGGCUUGAUUGAGGCCCAUUUUUUCAACAUCCGAACCAAGCUACAGGGCAACAAUUUACGGCCAUACUUUCCGCAGGAUGGGUGGUCACUGAGUGAUGUAGAGAAGUAUUGGAUUAUUCUGGAGAAAGCUGAACAUGAGCGGGAGAAAGCCCUACAGAUGGAGAUGCUUCGGCUGGAGCGCUUGGAACAGUUGGCUCAGAUGUUCCAGAAAAAGGCCUUUCUUAGAGGGUCCUACCUGCGGGAAAUGAGACAAGUCAUUGAGCGUCAAGAUUUCAAACCCAACAAUAUCACCCAAGUGGAAGCUGCUACCAAGAAGCUGGAGGCUAUUGAGGCUGAUGUGUUACCUCGCGAACAGCGCUUGAAGGCACUGGCAGAAAUGGCUGGCGUUUUAGAGAAAGAGAAUUAUCACAAAAAGGGAGAAAUACUAGCUAAACAACAUCAGUUAUCGCAGGACUGGCAUGAACUCAUCAAAUUAAUGAAAACUCACAAAGAUUCCUUAGAAGACAAACAACAUAUACUGAUCCUUCUAAGAGAUAUAGAUAGUGUGGUCGAUGAAUUGAAGUCUAUGCAGGAACUAGUUGGCUCCAAUGAGUUUGGGAAACAGCUCCCUGAGGUGGAGUACUUUCUUCAGGACCAGAACUUAAUAGAGUCACAAAUUCUUUCGUAUGGUGAGAGGGUGAGGCACAUUUUGGCCAGAGCAGAAGACAUUCCUACUGGCAAAGUCAGCAAUGUUGAUGUUCUCAAUAAAGUAAAGAAUUUACAUCAGCUGUAUCAGAAUCUGGUGACUCUCAGCAAAUCCCGGCGGUUGUGUCUAGAGGAAACAUUGAAGCUCUACCAGUUUUUCCGAGACUGUGGAGAGGAAGAGUCUUGGAUCCAUGAGAAGUGGCAGGUGCUGAGGCUGGCUGACCCUGGCAGAGAUCUCAGCUACAUCAACUCGUCUAUCGCGAAACAAGAGGCUUUAGAAGCAGAAAUAUAUUCCCACCAAUCCAUUCUAGCCAAGGUAGUGAGGAAUGGGAAGGAGCUGUGCCAGGAGAGUCACACAGAUCAGACGACAAUCCAGCAAAUGAUCAACAAUAUCCAGAAGAAGUGGCUGGAGCUUCAGGAGGAAGUGAAAAAAAGUAAACUCCGCCUAGAGGUGGCAGCGCUGAUCAAACAGUAUUUUGCUGAUGCUAAUGAUGCAGCUUCAUGGCUGAGAGAACGCCUGCCGCUUCUUACCAGUGAGGACUAUGGGAAAGACGAGUCCAGCGCUGAAGCCAUUCUGCAGCGGCACCUACGGCUGGAGAAAGAGAUUGCAGCCUACAGCAUGGAAGUGAUCCGGCUCGGAGACCAGGCUCAGGCAGUAGCUAACAAAGCACCUAUGAUUCAGGAGAAGAAGCCAGUGAUUGUGAUGACAACCCAGGAGAUCAGCCGGCCGCUAAAAAGAGGAUACACACCUGCGACCCAGUCACAGAUUGAGGAACCCAAACUAGAGCUUCAGAUGACCCAGGACAACAUUCGAGCUUCGCAGAAUGAUAUUGAAGCCUCUUAUGAGAACCUCCAACAACUGGCUAAGAGAAGGAAGAAAGCUUUGGAAGAAAUAAUCCGGCUAUAUCAGUUUUAUAGUGCUUGUGGGGAAUUCCAGUCUUGGAUGGAUGACAAGGAGAAGAUCUUUCAGGCUUUUCAGCCAAACCCCGAUAAUGUGGAGGUCAUGCAGCAAAAGUAUGAGAACUUCCUGACCGAUCUUGCAGCUGGGAAAGCACGUGUAGAUGAAAUUAACAACAUGGCUGAUAAACUUGUCAAAAGUGCUCCGGACAAGAAGAAUGAAAUUCAGGACCACCAGAGAAAUAUCCAUAAUAGCUGGAACCGUCUGGAAGUGCUGAAAGAGAAGAAGGGCUCUGAGCUAAUAGGUCUGGCUGAUGUGAAAACCGUUCUCCAGAACUGUCAGAAUAUGGAAAUUCUUAUACAGGAGAAGCUAAAAGAGAUGGAGGGUUCAGAGCUAUCGGGCAGCCUAGAGUCAGAGGAACGUAAGCUGAAUGCACACGAGAGAGACAUCCAAGUGUUGGAGAGAAAAAUUGCCUAUCUAAAGAGUAUGGAGGAAUCAAUGAGAGACACAAACCCACAAGAAAGCUUAGCCAUCAGGAAGCAGAUUGAACAAAUGGAAAAGCUCCUUGGAAAGCUGAAAAGGGAGGCUCAAGAGAAAAGGGACCUACUGCAAAAGGCCAGAGAGCAGAAGACCUUCCUGCAGGAAAGUCACAGACAGAUGCUUUGGGUGCAGGACAUAAAGGACAAGCUAACAAGUGAGGAAAUGGGUACUGAUGUGGCAUCUGCUGAACAGCUCCUCAGGGAUCACCAAUACCUUCUUAAAGAAAUCCAGGGUCAGCGAGACAGAACUGUUGAACUCCAGCAAAUGGGUCAGACUGUAUUACAGUUCAGUAACAAUCCUGAAGUGCGUGAUUCCUUAGUGAGCCUCUCCCAGGGAUACAACGACCUCAGCGAUUUGUGGCUGGAGAAAAGAGUCCGGCUGGAACAGGGUUUGGAGCUGCAGCAGUUUUUGAGAGAAGCUGACAGCAUUAAUGCUGCCAUCUCCAGCCAUGAAGCAUUUCUGCGGGUGGAUGACCUUGGGGACCAAUUGGAUACGGCACAGAGCCUUCUAAACAGGCACAAGCAGUUUGCAAAAGUACUGGAUUCGCUCAAGAACAGAGUGAAUGGUCUACAAACGAAUGGAGAGUCAUUGUUGGAGAAUGGUCACUUUGCCAGUGCCUUAAUAAAGCAGAGGGUGUCGGACACACAGAAGCGAUAUGGAAGUUUGGACCAAAGAGCAGAAGAAAGACAAAAAUGCCUCUUGGAUUCAUUGAGACUUCAGGAAUUUAACCGGGAUGCCACAGAACUUUUGGUGUGGAUGGAGGAGAAGUAUAAGAUUGCCCUUGAUGAGUCGUAUCGGGACCCAACCAAUAUCCUACGUAAGCUGAAAUGGCAUGAAGCAGCUGAGCGAGAGAUGGAGGCCAACCAAGUGCGCUUUGAAGACUUAGUGAAGGUUGGAAAGCAGCUGCUGAAAGAAGAUCAUUAUGCAAAAAACUCUAUCCAGUCCAAGAUGUCCGAAGUCACAAGGAAGUGGGAGGAGCUAAAUAGCAAGAUGUCGGAGAGAGGAGACAAGCUGCGGCAAGCUGGGCAGCAGGAGCAACUGAUGGAGUUGUUGGAGGAUGCCAAAGUGAAGAUUGAGAAGAUAGAGAAGGUUGUUCAAGCCCCAGAGUCUGGACAUGACCUGAGAACAAGUCGAGACCUGCUCAAAGAGCACCGUCAGCUGGAAAACGAGAGCAGAGAGUUAGCUGAGAAAAUGAACUCAAUUGUCUCUCGUGCUCAGACAAUGGCCACCAACCAUUUCAACUCACAAGGGAUCAUGGAUGAAACUAUGAAGUAUCUGCGGAGAUUUCAGUCCCUGCAGGAGCCUUUGUCCAAAAGAGGAGAAUUCCUACAAGCUAAAGUGGAUCAGUAUGAGUUUUACCAUUAUUUUCAUCUUGAAAUGACAUGGAUUGCUGAAAAGAUGCCUGUUGCCAGCUCCACUCAUUUUGGCAAGUCCUUGGAUGCAGCACAAAACUUGCUUCAGAAACAUAAGGAAUUACAAGUGGAGGUAAAUGCCCACACACAGCAGCUGCAAAGAGUCUUGGAUAUGGGGAAAUCUCUGAUUGCAAGUCAUCACCCUGAAUCUCGGAAUAUCAGUGAUAAAAAUAAGAAGCUGCAGUCUGCCUGGGACUUGCUGGAAGAAGACUGUGAGAAGAGGAUGAGGAGCUUACAAGAAUCAGUGAGCUUUCAGCAGUUUCUACUUGACGUGUCCGACAUGGAAGGCUGGAUUGGAGAAAAACUUCCACUGGUUAACAGCAAGGAUUAUGGUAAAGAAGAAGCUGCCACUUUGAAGUUGAUGAAAAAGCACAAGGACACACAGCAAGAGAUAGAGCUAUACAAGAACCUGGCGGACGAGCUUGGUAAUGCAGGUCAGAACUUGCCUUCAUCUAAUCUCUCUGAUGAGGUGGAUGCUCCAGUUCAAAGGAUCCAUUCACAAAUUAAUACCUUACAAGAUCGAGCUACUGUGAGAUGGGGAAAACUGGAAGAGGCUUUGGCUUUGCAUGAAUACCUCAGAGAGUCUGGGGACCUGCAGGAAUGGAUCAACCAGCAGAGGCAGAUUGCCAGUUCUGGGGACUAUGGCAACGACUAUGAGCAUGUCCUGCAUCUGCAGGCUAAAUUUGACACUUUCCAGCACCAGAUGGACACAGCUGGCCAGCGGGUGGCUGGGUGCCAAAGACUUGCGGAUAGUCUGCUUGAUCGAGGCCAUUCAGAAUCAAUGCAAAUUGUGCAAAAGCAAAAGGAUCUACGAGCAUCAUGGGAAGAACUUCAGCAACUAACUAAAGAUAGAAGGAGACGUCUUCGAGAUGCUGAAGCUGUACAUAAAUGUUACUGGGACCUAAAGGAAGCACUCUCGCAAAUUGAGGAAAAAUCCCAAAGCAUUCCCGAUGACAUUGCCAAAGACCUCAGUGGAGUCCAGUCCCAGCUGCGUAAACACAAGGCCCUGGAACAUGAGUUGUCUGGGAAUGAGCAGCAGCUGCAGGAAGUCAUUGACGCGGCAGACGAAGCGCUGCCCAGGUGCUCUGGAAACCAGCGUGUGAGUCUGCAAUAUAAGCAGCAAGAAGUGGUGGAGAGCUGGGAACGGAUGAAGACCAAAGUAGAGAAAAGAAGAACAGAUCUGGAACAGUCCUGCCAGCUCUACCUCUUCCUGGCUGCUGUGCGUGACUACUUCUCUUGGACUGCAGAGAUGAUCCGGGAGAUGAAGGCUGAAGAAUCCAUACGUGGUGUCCUAGCAAGCAGUGAGAAACUAAAAGCUCACCAGGAUCUGAGGCAGACUAUAGAUGGCUACCAGGAGAACUACAACAGGACUGUGGCCAUUGGACAAUCUCUUCUACAGGAGGGGAAAAUCCCUUCAGUACAGAUCCGUGAGAAGAUCCAGGCUCUUGCUGAAGAGAACAAGAAACUUUACCAGCAUUGGGAAUUGAAGAGAAAGUUGCUGGAUCAGGUCCACCAAGAACAAGUGUUCUACAGAGAUAUUGAUCACAUGGAGAAGAUCCUCAAUGCACAGGAGGUGACUUUGAAAUCAAGUGACCUUGGGACCUCUGCCGGUGAAAUCGAACAGCUAAUCAAAAAACAUGAGGCAUUUGAGAAGCUUCUUUCUUCUCAGGAUGAAAAGGUGACAUCACUACAGGAACAAGCAGCCAGACUUCAGGCGGACAACAGGAGCCUGGAGGCCAGGCAGGUGCAAUACAAACUGAACUCUGUUCUAGAUAGGAGGAAGAAAGUGAAAUCUCUCAGCCAGUUCCGACGGGAAGAGUUAAAUACUGCACUCCUGUUGGCUCUAUUCAACCAGAACCUCACUGAGGCACAAUACUGGAUUAAUGAACGCAGGCAGAUGCUAGAUGAUGACCCUCACCUGGGCUCUACCGACCUACAGAGUAAAUUGAAGCUUCUUCAGAAACAUCAAGUAUUCGAGGCUGAGAUCUUAGCUCAUGAGAAGCCAAUACAUGAUGUUACGGAGAUGGGGAACUCGCUGCUGUCUCAACAACACCCUAAAUCUUUAGAUAUACGUCGGCAAAGUCGGGCACUGCAUGAACAGUGGGGAAAUCUGAAGAGAGCAGUGGCCACUCGGGGUAAAAUGCUGGAGGACAAGAGAGACUUACUGGAGUUCCUGCAGAAGGUUGAUCAGGUGGAGGCUUGGAUCAGAGAGAGGGAAGUAAUGAUAAAUGUUGGGGAUGUGGGCGAAGACUUUGAGCACUGUCUGCAGCUUACAAGGAAACUGAAUGAGUUCCGUGGAACAGUGUCUGGGGAAGUGACGGUAGAUGAUGCCCACAUAAGAGCUAUUAACACUCUUGCCACUAAGUUGGAGAGGCAGAACCAGGAGGAGAUGAAAACGAUUUACCAGCGGAAGAAACAGCUGAAUGAUAAGUGGAACAGUUUCCAUGGUGAUCUAAACAAAUAUCGCAAGGCGCUAGAGGGAGCACUGGAAAUUCACGCCUUGAUCCGUGAAAUUGACGACAUCAAUGAGAGGAUGACUGAAAAGAGUGUGCUUAUGCAGGCCCUUGACUACGGGAAGGAUGUAGAGAGUGUUACCAAUUUAAUCAGAAGACAUGAGGAAACUAUUCGAGACAUCAAAGUUAUCCAGACACAGAAAGAGACCUUGCACCAAGAAGCCAACCGCCUGUCCCGAAGAGAUUCACCAAUGAGCAAAUGUCUGACCUCAAAAGAGAAGGAGAUGACUGACAGCUGGCAGAAACUGCAGCGACAGUCAGCAGAAAGGAAGGAGAAAUUAGAUGCCUCUUACCAUCUGCAAAGGUUCAACGCUGAUAUACGAGAGAUAAUGAACUGGAUGCAGAAGCUUCAAGCCCUGAUGGAAGGAGCUGCUCUGCCAAAAAAUGCAGGAGAUGUUGAAGCCAGAAUUGAGGAACACCAGGAGAGGAAGGCAGAGAUAGAAGCUCGGACAGAAAGGUUGAACUUGGUGAAAACCUCCGGACAGAAGCUUAGCAACUCGGGUCAUUAUGCAGCUGACGAAAUACGACUUGCUGUCUCCAGAAUGGAAGAAACCUCGGAUGAGCUGAUUAAAUCCUGGAGAGAACAGAAUCUUAAACUGUGCCAGGCUCGUGACCUACAGACAUUUUUCAGCAUUGUCGAUCAGAAUGAGAGCUGGUUGAACAGUAAGGAGGCGUUCUUAGCCAAUGAAGAUUUGGGGGACUCUGUAGCUAGCGUGGAAAGCCUACAGCACAAACAUGAAAAGUUUCAGAAAGCUCUUGAUGCCCAGAUGGACAAAAUUGAUGAGAUGGAAUCAUUUGCCAAACAGCUGCAGAACAACCAGCAUUAUGACUCAGAGAACAUUGCUAGUAAAUGCCAGGCUGUACUGGAGCGGAAAAAGAAACUCCUCAACUUGUCCGAGGUUCGUAAGAGGAAACUGGAAGAGUCCCGACAGCUGCAGAAAUUCAUCAGGAGCUCAUAUGAGGUGGGUGCCUGGAUGCUGGAGAAAAACAACAUCGCCAUGGACGACAGCUGGAGAGACCCCAGUAACUUGCAGACCAAGCUGCAGAAACAUCAAACGUUUGAUGCAGAGAUCAAAUCAAACCGCAACCGACUGGACACCAUCAAAGCUGAUGGUGAGAAGAUGUUGCAGGACAAUCAUUAUGCCUCUAAAAUAAUCCAGACCAGACUUGAUGAAAUGGAAGAGCUGUGGACCGAGUUGCUGGAGAAAUGUUCAGAGAAGGCGGACAAACUUCAGGAUGCCUAUAAGGCAAUGCAAUUUAAGAGGAGCUUAGAAGACUUUGAAAAAUGGUUGGACAACAUAGAAGCCCAGCUGGACCUGACUAAUAGAGGUAAAGAUCUCAUGACACUUCAGAAGCUUGGAGAGCUGGAAGAAGACAUCGCCAGCCAUGGAGAGAGACUGCAGGUUUUGGCAAAUAAUACAGCUGAAUUCCGAAAAGAAGAUCACUUUCUGGCAGAUGAAAUAGAAGACAGAGUUAGGAUUUUAAUUCACAGGUACAAGAGUCUAAAUGAACCAUUACAGGAGUGGAGAGCAGGUUUAGAAGGUAGAAAGCUAUUAGACCAGUUUUUCCGGGACAUUGAUGAUGAACUGGCUUGGAUAGAAGACAAGAUGCCUCAUGCCUCUUCUAAGGAAUGUGGACAGUCACUGACCACUGCACAGGCAUUGCUGGAGAAGCACCAGAAUUUAGAAAAUGAAAUAAGCAGUCGAGAAGCAUUGACUAAAGCUGUGAUGGGCACUGGGCGGAAGUUGGUGAGAGGCAACCAUUUUGCCAGCCAAGAGAUUGACGAUCGUUUACAUCAACUGGAAGUGGCUGCAGAAACCCUAAAAGCGGAGGCAGAACGUAGGCGCAAAAGGCUGACACAGGCCUGCGAAGCCCAGCAGUUUCUUACUGAGCUCUCAGAAGCUGAAACAUGGAUGGCAGAAAGAGGGUUUGUAAUCAAAUCACCCGACAAUGGGAAAACCGAAGAAUCCACGCAAGCAUUGCUACGGAAGUUAGACACCACCAUACGGGACCUUGAAGGCUUCUCUCAAAGGAUCAACAAACUAAAGGAGACUGGGAGAAGCCUACAGACUGAGAGUGAUAAUCCAGAGAGUUCUACAGUGAUCCCGAAGCUGAAGUCUGUCCUGGCGGAAUAUGACUCCUUGCUGGAGAAGGCCGAGCUGCGCAGAGGUCACCUGCUGGAGCAGCAUCAGCUCUUCCAGUUUCUGAAGGAAGCAGAUACCAUAGAUGCCUGGCUGCUCAGCAAGAAGGCUACCGCUGAAUCCGAUAACUUCGGGCAAGAUCUGGAAAGCAUUAAGGUGCUAGAAAAAGAGUUUGAGAACUUUGUGAAGGAGAUAGAGAUACUGGGUAAAAGCAAGAUGUUGGCUUUAAAUGAACUGGCGUCUGGUCUUCUGAGUGAGUCACACAGCCAGGCAGAUGGCAUCCAGAAGAAGACAGAGGCAGUGAACGGCACGUGGGAAGCCCUCUGUCACUCAAUACAGAACAGGGCCAAGGUCUUGACAACUGCCCACCAGGUCCAUCAGUUUGAUCAUGAGGUUGAUGAACUGCUUAGCUGGAUACAAGAGAAGGAAGUCAUUGUGAAUACUGAUGACUAUGGGUAUGACCUGUCAGGGGUGCAAACAUUACUGAGCCAACAUGAGGGUUUUGAGAGGGACCUUGCAGCCAUUAAGAUGGAAAUGGAACGGAUCAUCAAGUUGGGACAACACAUAAGUCAGCUACACCCGCCAGUCCAGAAGAACGUGGCUGAGAGACUGGAAGAAGUGGGCCAGUAUUGGGGGAGUCUGAUUAAGAAAUCGCAGGAAAGGAAAGAGAAACUAAACCAAGCAGAGCAAGUACAGGUGUAUUUCAGUCACUGCGGAGAGCUGAUAAUCUGGGCCAGGGAGAUGAACGCUUUAGUGGUGUCCGAAGAACUGGCCAAUGACGUUGCUGGGGCAGAACUGCUGAUUAAACGGCACGAGGAAUACAAGAGGGAGAUCGACAAGCACUGGGGGAAGUAUGAGGAGCUUCAGGGGAUGGGGAAGACCCUGCUGGAGAAGAGGCACUUUAUGUCUGUGGAGGUUGCUGAGAAACUCAACGAGUUGUCAGAACUGAUGGGUCUCGUAUCUGACAGCUGGAAGAGAAGGAAGGAGAUCUAUAAAGAAAAUCUGGAGAUCCAGCUGCUGCGGAGGGAGCUAGAACAGGCUGACGGAUGGCUCAACACUAGAGAGCCUUAUCUUGUGGAUCAGAACUAUGGGGAGUCCGUGUCACAUGUUGAAGAACUGCUGAAGAAGCAGGAGGACUUUGAAAAGAUGUUUGCAGCCCAGGCGGAGAAGUUUGAGCAGCUGAGCAGGAAAACAAAAGGAGAGUGGAAGCUGCUGAAGCAAAUUGACCUAGAAGAAAAGGAACAGAAGAAACCUGAAACCUUCAUCCGAGUGCCUUCCCUUAAGAGGAAACCUUCAGACAGAAGAGUGUUGCCUCCUAAACUGGUGGAUCUGGGGAGCGCAAGGAAUACUGGGCUUUCCCUCAGACCUCCUGUGGAGACAUUGAGCCCCCCACACAGAAAAGUCACAGACAGCAACAGUGGUUUGUUGGACAUCUUGGAUGUGAAGGCAAACCCAUUACUAAUGGACAAAGAGAUGGAAACCCCAAAUAUUCUUGAUUUUCAUGUUCCUCCAUUGCAGAACACCACUCUCUUAUUUUCAUCCCAACCACCACAAACAUUCCACCGGCAGUCCUCAAACUCUGCACAGACUUUCCAGAGUUACAAGGUGCCAAUCCAUGAGAACUUACUGGGUAAUAUACCAUUAAUUACUGCGGAAGAGGUUAAGCAUCAACCACUGUGGGAAUCCGACUCAAACUCAUCCAAUACAUCUACAAAACUGUCAUCUGAUCCUUCCUUUCCCUCAGAGACAACAAGAAGCAGUGUGUUGGCAGUAAAGCCUUUGGUUGAACACAGUGAUGGACCAUCAAAAAUUCCAAAUCAACCUCCACAGCUUCCUGAGACGACACGUGUCACACUUUCGGCAGUAAAGCCUUUAAUUGAACUCAAUGAUGAACCAACGAAAAUCCCAAACCUGCCUCCACAGCUUCCUAAGACAACACUUGUCACACUUUCGGAAGUGAAGUAUGAACCUCUGGUACAACUGACUAGGGACCCCUCAAACGGACUUCCAAAAGUACCAGAUGUGCCAAAGGUGCCCUCUUCAGGUGCUUCAUUUGAUCGUAUAGUAUAUGGAUUCAUGGAGACAAAGCAGAAACUUCUCCCUGGUGGAAAGGCGAGUCUGGCCAGCUUCUGGAACUCUUAUUAUAUCACGCUGCGUGAUCAGACACUGAGCUUCUACCAUGCCAAGAAAGAUGAAGCCAAGAAUGAAACCGCCAUACCGUCAGUCAGUGUGACUGGUGCAGUCUGCGAAAGGAUAAACGAGUCUUCAGACAAAGCAAACACCUUCAAUGUGAGGACCUCUGACGGAUCUGAAUACAUCUUCUCAGCUCCUUCCGCUAGAAAGAUGGAAGUCUGGAUCCAAGCAAUUGAUAAGAAAGCAGAUGAGCCGGAGACUAAAAGGGGUAUAGCAGCUUACAGUCCAGUUCAUGACAUUCCAAGGAGGACAUUGUCAUUUGAACCAGACACAAGUGGCCAUAAGGUUACAGCUAGCAGAGUCUACACCACCAUGAACAACAGCAAUUUAAGAACUACUUACACACCAAAUAUACUGGAAACAGAUGAUGCCAAAGAGAAACACAAAAAGGACAAGAAUGUCUUCAAGAAGUUCUUCAAAAAAUAAAAGCUAUGUAAUGUAAUGAGAUAUCAGGCUGGCCUCACAGAAUCUACAUAUAAUAUUAAUUAAUCACGCCGUCAGGCUUACAUUUAAAAGCAACAGCCCCCAGUACAGUUCUCAGUAAAACUGGCCUUUUUUUGAGUGAAUAUGGUCAGUAUUUAAUUUUUCCCCCAGGGCUGUUCUCAUUAAACAAAAUUAAUUUGAUUCUAAAUAUAUGAGCAGAUGAACCACGUUUUAGAAAUCAAUACUAAAUUCUCAUAUUUAUGAAAGUGUUCAGCAGUUAUUGCAAUUCUGAAUACUAACACCUUUAUUUUUAUAAUGAUACUUUGUAAUAACAGAGGAAUUUUAAGUGAAUGUGCAAAAAAAUGAUUGAAAAUUAUUUUUUCCCCAAUUAACCUUUGCACUUUGAAAUGUGACUGCAUAAAAAACAAUUGUUAUACAGUACUGUAUGUUAAAAUGUUAGUGGUACAAAGAAUGUAUUAUUUAAAUUAAGUAUAUGUCAAGCGUUCUAUUGUUAUCUGACUAAAUUAAGUAUGUGUUAAACGUUUUGUUGUACUGUAUAAUGUAUGUAUGGAUAGAAUAGAGGAAAAACGUAAAUGAUUUAAAAAUAAAGGUUAGUUGUACAGAAUAA